CGUUGAUGUUCGAUUUUUAAAUCAACAUUAAUGAGUUUAAUGAUUUAAUCAAAUCAUAUUGUUAUUACAAUGAAAGUUUGAAAUUUGAAUUGUUGGAUAUAAUUUAUUGGCACAUUGAAACACUAUGAAAAGAAAAUUUAAUUUGGUUGAAAAAAUCGAUUCCAGUGGACAAGGCAAUAAAUUUGAGGGUUGUUCCUCGGAGACUGACAGAAAAUACAAAAUGUUUAAAAAUACUAUUUGGUAUAAUUUAUUAUUGAAUGCAGAGAAAACUUGUUUAAAGGAUGAACAAAUUAAAAAGAUUCAUUACAAAUUUGAUGAUGGGAAGGAAAUGGUUGAAGAAUAUAAUGUUGACACAAAAGUUUUGCUUAGGAGAGCUUGGAAAAUGAAGGGAAAACUGGGAGGAGAGGGUAAAUGGUCUGUAGAAUUAGGUGACCCUAUUCCUGAAACAAUACCAAAUGCUGAUUCUAUUGCUAUUAUUGAAAGUAAAGAUCAACCUGUUUUGCUAAAACGGAAUACAAGGGUUAAUAUAGAGUGGAGGAUAAGAAAUCUUCCUUAUCCAAUAGAAACAUAUUCUAUAAAAGCUCAAAAUGAUGAUAAGUCCAUUGUUAUUAGUACUUCGAAUAAGAAGUAUUACAAAAAACUGGAUGUGCCUGAAUUAGUAAGAUUAGGUUUGCCAAUAGAGCAAAUGAAUAUUGAUGCUACUCACAAAUACAAUACACUUAUCAUUACAUAUAAGAAGCCACAGGAAUUGUUGAAUAUGGAUAAAGAGUGGUUUGAAGAGUUGAACAAAAUCAAACCUAUUAAAGAUGUACCAAAUGAGUGUAAAACACAAUAGAUUUAAACAUAAUAAUUUUAUGAAGUUUACAUACAUAAGUUAAAUAAAAAGUUCAGUUUUAUAAUAGAUUUAUUAUUUUAGUUUUCUUAUAACAAUAUUGAGUCUCUUAAUCACUAUCG